UUAUGAGCUUUGCAACGAGAAAUAGCAGGAACGAAGUAUGAAGAGAGCCUAGAGACUUAGCCCUGAGGAGGAGUGCGAUCCUCAAAUGUAACCUCCAAAUAGAAUCGGGGCCAAUUAAAAGUGUCUGAAUAAAUAAUAAAAAGGAGAGGAAGACAAUUUCAAAGAUUAGUCAUCAAAGCUCGACCCAAAAAUAAAGCUCAGAGGAAGAACAUGAUGAACAUGCGUGAGUUCCUUAGCAGUGUUGACCUUUCCCAAGACUACCACCAAAGUCAGGAAUUCUCCCUAUUUUCCAAACCAGAGAUCCCUAUGAAGAAGAUGAGCAGAUACCUGACCAAUAAGCCUAUGAAGCUACGUGAAAGACAUCAAAAUAUGACUUCGGGAAAUUUGCCCUUACUUCAUCAGGAAAGUCACCAGAAUCUUUUUGAAGGCACAAGUUCUAUAAAAGCUGACUCUUCGAAAAGGAUAUCAGCUCUUGGGAACCCUAAUUCUCUACUUUCAGGCAGCUAUGACAAUAUCAUAUCUACUACAGAAUGAAGCAAAAGGAACCUGUGGAAUCUCCCUUCUAGUGCAUUUAAGAAUCAUACUGAGAUUCGGAAGAGAUUUUAUAGCAGGCAUGCUCAGAAGGACUUACCAUAUUUAAACAUGAAGCAGAAGGAUUCGUACCAGACUAUGAGGAAAUAGCAGCCAAAUCUGGGAUAGUUCUUGUGAUGAUAACAAGUUAAUUCAAUCGCAUAAUGCUUCCAUAAGACCAUCCAAAUCUCAAGACCAUAAUAUAAAGCAAAGGAAAUAAUUGUAUUUAUGUGAGAGUAGAAGGAGAGCCUGAGUUUACAGUUACAAAUGGAGUUCAGAAGUUGAUACAAAGAACUAAAUCUGUGAAUUAUCAAAUAAACAUUCCAAGAAUGCCUACAUUCCCUUCCAAAGUGAAAAAAUGUUUAAAAAUGUCAAAAAUCACAAAACCCCCUCAAACAAUCUCAAACCCUAAAAUUCAACCUCAAAACCCCUCAUUACCCCAAAACCUCCCAAAACCCCUUCCUAAACCUCCCUCUCUAAACCCUCAAAAUUCGCAACCCUUCCUAUCCCCCUCUCUCAACACUCUGAUACCAAAAUAAGCGUUCAGUCCUGAUAAAAAUUCAAAAAGACCCUCAAAACCCCCUUCAGAAUUCCUCAAAUUCCCUUCCUAGCUCAAUUUAGCUUAGCCCAAACCCCUUCAAGCCCUAAAAAGGCCCCUUGCCAGUCUAAUGUUGUACAGAAACCUGGCCUAGUCGGUUCUAAAUUUGGUAGCUCAUGAGUCCCAAUUAGGAAACAUUACACAUGCGAUGAUUACGUUGAUACUGUUUCAGAUACUUCGGAGAAGAUCGACCUCCGGAUUACCCAAUCGCUUGCCAAAUAGGCUUACACUUUAUAAUAAGAAGAUGAGGUUAAGGGGAAUUGGGAGAAAGACCCAGCUGAAGAAGCAGAAGAAGAAACAUAAUAAAGAUUUAGCAGAGGUUUAUAGGGGUAGGACUGGAGGAUAAAGGAUUAGCCAGGUUUUGGGUGAUGCAGGCUUGCACUGGGAGAGAUAGGCUGUGUAGGCCUGUUUUCUUGU